AUGAGCGCCGACCGGGCCGAUAUUUUCUUUUUCGCAAAAGUUUUCAAUGGACCAGGCCGUAUGGUCUUCGUGACUUUAAAAUCCAUGUUUCUGCUGAUAGCCGAUAUCGACUUUUCGUCAAUGACCAUCGAUACUGAGCUUCCUGGAUUUCUCGUGCAUGGCGAGAUUGAAGGCUUCUCACUUUCUACAGAUUCAUCAUGGAAAUGUGCAGAAGAGACUACCCGGCAAAUUAUCCCACAUUCCGAUUGGAAUUUUAUCUUAGGUCCACCUUUCAUGUCCAACAAUGAAAGAGUGUCAGAGACCAAAGCACUUUCAGGAUGGAAAAGGCCAGCUUUCGAUGACUCUUCCUGGGAGAACGCGGCUUUAGCAUUUCACCCUGUCAAGAUGCUUCCAAUUCAAAGUCCAUGGAAACUGACCGAGCGCCCUAUCCCAAUCCUUCCUGAGAAUUCACGAAAUUUCGAUGGUGUUAUGAAAUGCGAUGGAUCAAUUACUCGCGAUCAAUGGAUUGGGUUCAUCAACGGGGACGCCUCUGUCAUGAUCCCUGCCGGAGAGACUGUCAGUGUUGACAUUGAAUGCUCAUCGUUGACGACAGCAUUCGUGAACCUUCAAUGCGGAGGAGGACCGGGGUCAGUCAUUGAGUUACUCUACGCUGAAUGCUAUGAGAAAGAUCUUGGCGUCGAAAUUGCUCCUUUCCCCAUGCCAAGAACUAAAUCUGUCCGAUCAGACAGCAACGGGCGGCUUUACGGCGUGAAAGAUAUAUACAAAGUGGUUGAUGGCGAGCCCGAACAAAUAUUCGAACCAUUCUGGUUCCGGGCAUUCCGAUAUGUCCAACUCCAUAUUAAGACCUCUUCUCAGCCCUUGACACUUAAGAGCUUCACACUACGAGAAACAUCUUACCCACUCGAAAUCACAACUGAGAUCCAAGCCGGACCAGAACUUGACAAGAUUUGGGACGUCAGUCUUCGUACCUUAGAAAAUUGCCGACAUGAAACAUACGAAGACUGCCCAUUCUACGAACAAAACCAGUUCGCCUCCGAUUCCCGACUGCAGAUGCUCUUCACCUAUCAGAUCUCGUCGGAUGACCGAUUAGCCCGAAAGACGCUAGAAGAAUUCCACGCAAGUCGUUGCUCAGAUGGGCUCAUCAAGGCCCAAUUCCCAGCUGGCUUUCGAAGUAAACAAAUCCCUCAGUUCUCACUCUACUGGGUUGCCAUGGUCUGGGAUCACAUGCGGUAUUUCGCGGAUGUGUCGCUCGUGCGUCGCUAUCUGAGCACCGUUGACGGAAUUCUCAAUCACUUUGACGAGCGCGUUAAUGAAAUCGGCCUAGUUGGUCAGUUUGAUGACGACACGUGGCCGUUCAUAGAUUGGGUGCCUGGGUGGAAUGUGCCCGGAAAAAUCUUCCAAUCCUGCAUGCCCCAAUCAUAUCAUGCUAAGGGAGCGGCAACGUUCAAUAGUCUUCUUUACAUCAUUGCAUUGAUGCAGGCAGCCGAGCUGUAUGACCGGUACCUCGACGGGCCUGCCUCAAAAGAGUACAGCCAACACAGUCAGGUAUUUGCCGUUCUCUCCGAGACCGUGACAGGCACUUUGGCACGGCAACUGAUGGUGCGCGUUAUGUACGAUUCAUCAUUGGUGCAGUGCUCUAGCGCCCUGCAAUUUUACGUCUUUCGGGCAGUGGAGAAAGUGGGCCUUUACAACAAAAUGUUCCCGGCCUUAUUGGAUCCAUGGAGACGGAUGCUCGCGGAUGACCUGACUACAUGGGCGGAGUUUGAGCACAAUCCCCGGAGCGACUGUCACGGGUGGAGCGCCUGUCCAAUCAACGAAAUCGUUACCCAAGUUUUUGGCGUCAAGCCUGCUAGCUAUGGGUCUAAACGUCUUCGGAUCGAGCCUCAGGUGGAACUGCUGAAAAAGGCGGAGGGAAAGUUUAUUACUCCUGUAGGUGAAAUCAAAUUGAAAUGGGAGGAGAAUGGGAAGCUGGAAGUGGAAAUUUCCUCGGAUGCUGAAGCAGAGGUUGUAUUCUGCGGGUCCGUGUAUUUUGUUCAGUUUGUGGGUGGGAGACCAUUAAAAUUUGUCAAGGCGAACUCCGAGAUCCUCUAG